AGGAGAAGCAGCAGCCUCUGCCAGUCCCACACACACACGCACUUGACAAGACGAGACGGAGGCGCGAAACAGAGGAGAGGAGAGCAGAGCAGAGGGAUAGGGAGGGAGGAGUUGUCCGGCUCCCCCUCCGUGCCUUGCCGUCCCGAUGUCUAGCGACCCUGAAGAGAUCAAGGCUCGCGUCGUCGUCCACGGCGCCGGCGCCGACGCCAACGCCGCCGACGAGUGGGCCCGCCCGGAGCUCGAGGCCUUCCACCUCCCCUCCACCUCCCAGCCCCCGCACUUGUUCCACCCACCGCACCCAGAGCCAGAAGCAGCAGAGCAAUCCACGCCAGCACCGGCCGUGGCAGCAGCUACCGGCACCAACAAUGCGUCUGGUUCCCCCCCUCCUCCUCGCUCGCCGCCUCCCGCGCCACUGGAGACGGAGCAGCUUCCGCCCAAUGCCAAGCCGCCUGCCGACGAGAAGCCGCCCCCUCCGGCGCCGGCGGCCGCCCUGCGCGACUUGUUCCGCUUCGCCGACGGCCUAGAUCGCGUCCUCAUGGCCGUGGGCACGCUCGGCGCCCUCGUCCACGGCUGCUCCCUCCCCGUCUUCCUCCGCUUCUUCGCCGACCUCGUCGACUCCUUCGGCUCCCACGCCGACGACCCGGACACCAUGGUCCGCCUCGUCGUCAAGUACGCCUUCUACUUCCUCGUCGUGGGCGCCGCCAUCUGGGCGUCGUCCUGGGCCGAGAUUUCCUGCUGGAUGUGGACCGGCGAGCGGCAGUCCACCCGGAUGCGGAUCCGGUACCUCCAGGCGGCGCUCAAGCAGGACGUCUCCUUCUUCGACACCGACGUGCGCACCUCCGACGUCAUCUAUGCCAUCAACGCCGACGCUGUCAUCGUCCAGGACGCCAUCAGCGAGAAGCUCGGCAACCUCAUCCACUACAUGGCCACCUUCGUGGCCGGCUUCGUCGUCGGCUUCACCGCAGCGUGGCAGCUCGCGCUCGUCACGCUGGCCGUCGUGCCGCUCAUCGCCGUCAUCGGCGGCCUCACCGCCGCCACCAUGGGCAAGCUCUCCUCCAAGAGCCAGGACGCGCUGUCCAGCGCCAGCAACAUCGCGGAGCAGGCCCUGUCGCAGAUACGGAUCGUGCAGUCGUUCGUGGGUGAGCAGCGGGUGGCGCAGGCCUACUCGGCGGCGCUAGCCGUGGCGCAGAGCAUCGGCUACCGGAACGGCUUUGCCAAGGGCCUCGGGCUGGGCGGCACCUACUUCACCGUCUUCUGCUGCUACGCUCUGCUCCUCUGGUACGGCGGGCACCUCGUUCGCGGCCACCACACCAACGGCGGGCUGGCCAUCGCCACCAUGUUCUCCGUCAUGAUCGGCGGACUCGGUCUUGGGCAGUCGGCGCCGAGCAUGGCGGCGUUUGCCAAGGCGAGGGUUGCGGCCGCGAAGAUCUUCCGUAUCAUCGACCACACGCCAGGCAUCACCAAGGAAGGCGUGGAGCUGGAGUCGGUGACGGGGCGGCUGGAGCUGAGGAACGUGGAGUUCGCGUACCCGUCCCGGCCGGACACGCCGAUUCUGCGCCGCUUCUCUCUAAGCGUACCGGCCGGGAAGACGAUCGCUCUGGUUGGCAGCUCUGGCUCCGGGAAGAGUACGGUGGUGUCGCUGAUCGAGAGGUUCUACGACCCGAGUUCAGGGCAAAUCAUGCUUGACGGUGUUGAGCUCAAGGAUCUGAAGCUGCGGUGGCUGCGGUCGCAGAUCGGCCUGGUGAGCCAGGAGCCGGCGCUGUUCGCGACGAGCAUCAGGGAGAACCUGCUGCUUGGGAGGGAGGAGGCGAGCCAGGUGGAGAUGGAGGAGGCCGCCAGGGUCGCCAACGCCCACUCCUUCAUCAUCAAGCUCCCCGACGGCUACGACACGCAGGUGGGGGAGCGCGGCCUGCAGCUCUCCGGCGGCCAGAAGCAGCGGAUCGCCAUUGCCCGUGCGAUGCUCAAGAACCCGGCCAUCCUCCUCCUGGACGAGGCCACCAGCGCGCUGGACUCCGAGUCGGAGAAGCUCGUGCAGGAGGCGCUGGACCGCUUCAUGAUCGGCCGCACCACCCUGGUCAUCGCGCACAGGCUCUCCACCAUCCGCAAGGCCGACCUCGUCGCCGUCCUGCAGGCUGGCGCCGUGUCCGAGAUGGGCGCGCACGACGACCUCAUGGCCAGAGGGGACAGCGGCGCGUACGCCAAGCUCAUCCGCAUGCAGGAGCAGGCGCACGAGGCGGCCCUCGUCAGCGCCAGGAGGAGCAGCGCAAGGCCCUCCAGCGCCCGCAACUCCGUCAGCUCACCCAUCAUGAUGCGCAACUCCUCCUACGGCCGCUCGCCCUACUCCCGCCGCCUCUCCGACUUCUCCACCGCCGACUUCAGCCUGUCCGUCAUACAUGACCCAGCCGCCCACCGGAUGGGCAUGGGCAUGGGAAUGGGAAUGGAGAAGCUGGCGUUCCGUGCGCAGGCCAGCUCCUUCUGGCGGCUGGCCAAGAUGAACUCGCCCGAGUGGGGCUACGCGCUCGCCGGCUCCGUGGGGUCCAUGGUAUGCGGCUCCUUCAGCGCCAUCUUCGCCUACAUCCUCAGCGCGGUGCUCAGCAUCUACUACACGCCGGACCCGAGGCACAUGGACCGGGAGAUCGCCAAGUACUGCUACCUCCUCAUCGGCAUGUCCUCCGCCGCGCUGCUCUUCAACACCGUGCAGCACCUCUUCUGGGACACGGUGGGCGAGAACCUCACCAAGCGCGUGCGCGAGAAGAUGCUCACGGCGGUGCUCCGCAACGAGAUGGCCUGGUUCGACAUGGAGGCCAAUGCCAGCGCGCACAUCGCUGCCAGGCUCGCGCUGGACGCCCAGAACGUGCGCUCCGCCAUCGGGGACCGCAUCUCCAUCAUCGUGCAGAACUCGGCGCUUAUGCUCGUCGCCUGCACGGCCGGGUUCGUCCUGCAGUGGCGCCUCGCGCUCGUGCUCCUCGCCGUCUUCCCACUCGUCGUCGGCGCCACCGUCCUGCAGAAGAUGUUCAUGAAGGGUUUCUCGGGUGACCUGGAAGCCGCGCACGCCAAGGCGACGCAGAUUGCGGGGGAGGCGGUGGCCAACGUGCGCACCGUGGCGGCGUUCAACUCGGAGGACAAGAUCACGAGGCUCUUCGAGGCCAACCUGCAGAGGCCGCUCCGGCGCUGCUUCUGGAAGGGCCAGAUCGCCGGCAUCGGCUACGGUGUGGCGCAGUUCCUGCUGUACGCGUCCUACGCGCUGGGCCUGUGGUACGCUGCGUGGCUGGUGAAGCACGGCGUCUCCGACUUCUCCAAGACCAUCCGCGUCUUCAUGGUGCUCAUGGUCUCCGCCAACGGUGCCGCCGAGACGCUGACGCUGGCGCCGGACUUCAUCAAGGGCGGGCGGGCCAUGCAGUCGGUGUUCGAGACCAUCGACCGCAAGACGGAGAUCGAGCCCGACGACGUGGACGCCGCAGCCGUCCCCGAGCGGCCCAGGGGCGACGUGGAGUUGAAGCACGUCGACUUCUCGUACCCGUCGCGGCCGGACGUUCAGGUGUUCCGGGACCUGAGCCUCCGCGCCCGCGCAGGCCGGACGCUGGCGCUGGUGGGGCCCAGCGGGUGCGGCAAGAGCUCCGUGCUGGCGCUCAUCCAGCGCUUCUACGAGCCCAGCUCCGGGCGCGUGCUCCUGGACGGCAAGGACAUCCGCAAGUACAACCUCAAGGCGCUGCGGCGAGUGGUGGCCAUGGUGCCGCAGGAGCCGUUUCUUUUCGCCGGCACCAUCCACGACAACAUCGCCUACGGCCGCGAGGGCGCUACCGAGGCGGAGGUGGUGGAGGCGGCAACGCAGGCCAACGCGCACAAGUUCGUGUCGGCGCUGCCGGAAGGGUACAAGACGUGCGUCGGGGAGCGCGGGGUGCAGCUGUCGGGAGGGCAGCGCCAGCGGAUCGCCAUCGCGCGAGCGCUGGUGAAGCAGGCGGCCAUCAUGCUGCUGGACGAGGCGACGAGUGCGCUGGACGCCGAGUCGGAGCGGUGCGUGCAGGAGGCGCUGGACCGGGCCGGGUCAGGGUCAGGGCGAACGACCAUCGUGGUGGCGCACCGCCUGGCCACGGUGCGGAACGCGCACACCAUCGCGGUCAUCGACGACGGCAAGGUGGUGGAGCAAGGGUCGCACUCGCACCUGCUCAACCAUCACCCCGACGGAUGCUACGCGCGGAUGCUGCAGCUGCAGCGCCUCACGCCCCACACCCUUGCCGUGCCCGGACCCGGACCCUCUGCAUCCAACGUUUGAUACAUCUUCCAUGCACGGUUCCACUCGCGUUUUGCUUUAGGAUCUUCUUUUCUUCUAAAAAAUUUGUUGCUGGCUGGCGGGAGGAGGGUGGUCACAAUUGACAAGCCGUAUGUGCUGCCAAUGCCAUGAUCCGUAUUACACACCACAAGAGAAUCCAAUUCAUCCUCCACUUGUCCGCGGACCACAUAGGCUCGACCCCUCAUGUGUCGGUCCACGUGACGGUGGCCCUAUUUCUCAAACCCCCGCCCGAUCAAUACACAUUUUUUCUCCUCUUGGCACUUUA